GCUUCAGAGGGAUGAGCUGCGGACGGCGGUUGGAGAAAACUGAGGCGGCAGAUGUUGAGGAAGAGUCGAGAGUACGACUGUCAAAUUCUCCAGGAGAGGAUGGAGCUGCUGCACCAGGCACAUCAGAGAAUUCGUGACCUGAAGACAAGACGGAAAUCCAGAGGAGGCAGAUUAAAGACUUGGAGGCAAAGUUUCGUUUUUGUUCUUGUUCUUUUCUCUUGCCUUUAUCCUUUGGCCUUGAAGUCUUUGGCGUGUCCCUUAGAAAAGGUGACAUGUCCACUUGGACAUCUCAUCAGUGUUAUCUGUUUUUUGGACAAGCAUGGAACAGUUUGCGGGCCGGCGGCCACCCGCGUCAUAACAUCAGUGACGGCUGUAGGUGGACGUGUCGUGUGUUGACCCUGAACGUUCACAUCUCUGAUUUUCCUUCUUCUUCUUCUUUGGAUGUCUGGAUGCUGCCAACAAAGACAUUUUCCAAAUGCUGUUGGCGUCAGACGUCUGUCCAGACAGUUGGGAUCCACCUAACAGAAGAACGUACACGCAUACACUCACGACACGAUACAAAACACGCUUUGACAAAUCCAAACCAAAGCCUGUGACAAGCUGUCUCUGCCGUGCAGGGGACGAGUGUUCAUUCCAUCUUUCCACAGCAGGAAGAAAAAGAAACCACUCCUUUGUUUCUCCUUUAUAAACCAGAAAGGAUGUUCUUCACGAAUGCUGAACAGAAGAGAGCCAACUCAGGGCCCACGAGCGUGGAGGCUGUUUGGACAGAGUGGUCUCAGGUCAGGCUAUGGCGGCAAACGCCCGGAAAAGCCUCACACAGCCUGCUUGGUGCCGCCGGACGUCUCCCCUCCCGCCGUGCCCCCUACAGAGAUGGUGCGUGUACAGACACGAUAGCCAGGGGAGGACACUCAGGUUUUCCGCCACACACUUGCAUUGUCCACGCGGGAAGCGAUGUUGUUCAAAUCCUCCGUCCCCCUGCGCUCAGCCUGGAUCUCCAUAGAAAAAACGUACAGAUUGUGAAAACGCAUCUUUAUUCUGUCUGAAAAACCAGCUGACUGUAUGAGUUUUACUCUCUGGUUUUCUUCCUGGUCGUUACUGAUUUUUUUUUUUUUUUUUUUUUUUUACAGCUCCCAAAACUUAGACACUGUGUACUAAUAUUUCCACAGAGAGAAAAACCUCCCCCCUCUUCUGUACUGUAAUAUACAUUUGUUGAUAUGUACAUGAGUCUUAUUUCAUGUAGUGUCCCCC